AUGAAUAGACACCAGAUUGACGAGAAAAACAGUAUUGCCCAACUAACUGCUUCAUACAAUCAACUCUACAAGGACUUCACCUGCACAAACCUAUCGGAAAUUGGUAACUACCAUAUAAUAAAACCAAUUGGCGAAGGCUCCUUUGGCAAGGUCUACCUAGCCUACCACAAGUUCACCCAGACAAAAGUGGUACUCAAAUCCGGCUCAAAAAUCGACUCAAAUGUUGUAAGAGAAGUCUACUACCAUAAACAACUAAAACACUCUAAUAUAGCGAAGCUAUAUGAGGUCAUCAUCACUGAAAAAUAUGUCUACAUGGUUCUUGAGUACUGUCCUAAGAGCGAACUACUAGAAUACUUGAUCAAAAUCAAGAGAAUACCUCUUGACGAGGUUAAAAAGUUCUUCAGCCAAAUCUGUUCGGCUGUCCUAUACGCUCAUUCAAUGAACUGUGCCCAUAGAGACUUGAAACUAGAAAACAUUCUCCUAGAUCGAAAGAAAAACUGCAAAUUGACUGAUUUUGGCUUUUCAAGAGAAUGCCACUCAAAAUCAAUCCUAGAAACGAUUUGUGGUACCGCUGUUUAUAUGGCUCCAGAAUUAUUACUAAAAAAAAAAUACUCUGGCUUCCAAAUAGAUAUCUGGUCCCUAGGUAUCAUUUUUUACACUCUAUUAUACGGCCAAUAUCCAUUUGACGAAGAUGAUGAAGUUAAAACCUCUUUCAAAAUCAUAAAUGGCGACCCCGUUUUUAAAAAUGACAUCCCAGAUCAAGCUAUUGAUUUAUUGAAAAAACUACUAUCAAAGGAUCCCUUUAAAAGACCUUCAAUCGAAGACGUCUUAAAAUCCCCAUUUUUAGCUCCUUACGGCUUACAAAACUUGGAAAACUCUCUUUAUUACACCAAAUAUUCUCAAAACUUUAAUCAGAAUCAGUUUUCUUCAAAAUCUGAACGAUACGUUUAUAAAAACCUAAAACGAAUGGGCUUCGAUGUAUCAAAAUUAAAAGACUCAAUCCUAAAAAGAAAAUGCGACCCUCUAUGUGAAUUGCCCACAAAAGAAAAAGAUCUUCAAGUAGAGCAACAAGCAUAUUAA